AAUAAGUACAGGUUUGAUUAAAAAAAAACUGGAGGAGCUCGAAGCUCAGGUGGCCAUGGAGAAGAUGAAGAGAGCAGCGUGUGAUGGUGAAAGAGAAAAAAUAUAUCAGGCUCUCAAAACGUUUAAAGAGGAACACGAAGAACAUGUGAGGGAGCUGAAUGAUGCCAUUGAACUAACAGAGAGGAGAUAUGAAGAACUACUGGAGGAGGAGAAGAAACUCCAGGAUCAUGUAUUAUUGAGUUCAACCAUAAAGGAUCUUGCGAAGGAGCUGUCCGAUACUAAAGAAGAAGGAAAACAACUGGAAAUAAACUUCCAAGCUGAAAUCCUACGGUUCACGGCGGAAGCAGAGUCGAUGACCCAAACUCAUCUGGAAAAGGAGCAGGAGCUCAAGGUCCAGGAGUCGAUUUUACAGCAGGUCAAUGCUGAAUUUAACAUUGAUCAUCUAAGACAUCAGACUUUGAAGAAACAAACAACAGAAUUGGAAACCCAAAAAAAUAAUCUCGAGCUCUCCAUUCAAGAAGUCACAAAGCAGACUGCAGCUCUCGUAGAACCAAAGGAUGACCUGAAGAGAGACCUAGAGACCUCAAGGGCAAAGCAUAUGGAGAUGCUGACAGCUCACGCAGCGGAGAUGGCUAGCGUUGAAAAAAGCAUCUAUGAGAAUGGGGUCAUGCUGGAGCAAGUGAAUAUGGAAAACAGUCGUCUGCAUGUGUGCAUUGAACAAAUGAAGGAGGAAAUAUCUGAUGCACAGAAAGACAAAGAGCAGUACACACAAGAAACCGAAUGGAUGAGAAAACAAGCGCCAUCUCUGUUUAAGAGUCUUAAAGACGCCUGGACCACAGAUAUGGUUCUUACUGAGGAAUCGGCAGAUAUGGAGCAGAAGAUCAUGGAGAAUAUAAACGGACUCAUGAUCAGGAUUGAAAACCGACAACAUGACAUCAGUGACAUCAACAGCAGACUAGAGAAAGAGUUAAGAGCCAUGAACAUCAUGAUAUACAAUCCAAACAAAAAAAAGACUGGAAAUAAACCAUCCUAACAAAGAUUUGAAAACACAACUUUCAUCGUAAUACAUCAACGUCUGACAGAAAUUACAGCUAGGCAAUA